GACCAAACAGGGAGUUGAAUGACAGGUUUAUGAUCUUCAACUUUGUGCAGUUUCCUAAUUCAGAAGGAAUCAUUCCAGUAACCCCUGCAUUCGGCAUGAUGAGAUAUACAAGAUUCCUUAGCUUCCCAAUGCUCGAGGGAAUCUCCCCUUCAAACUCAUUAUGUGCCAAGUUUAAUGUGAUCAAGCUACCCAUUUCGGAUAUUUCUUCAGGUAAUGCCCCGGUCAACAUGUUUCGCGCAAGAUCAAGAGUCACAAGCUCUGUCAAGUUCCCAAUUUGUGGGAAUAUCAUCCCAGAAAGAUUGUUCUCGCGAGCCCUGACAUGCCGAAGUUUUGUCAGAUUCCCCAUACUGGAAGGCAAGUUACCAGAGAAGUGAUUUGCAGUAAUGUCAAAGGUUUCCAAGUUCUCCAGUCUUCCAAUCUCUAUAGGAAUUUGUCCUGAGAAUGAAUUUUCAUGGAGCGAAAGCACUUGAAGCUCUCUCAGCUCACAGAUUGUGGAUGGCAGAUUGCCCGAGAACUCAUUCUCGUCCAGCAAAACCACUCUCAGCCUUUGCAGGUGUGACAAAUUCAGAGGAAGUGGUCCCUUCAACCUGUUUUUCGUCAAGUCAAGAACUUCAAGAUUCUCUAAGCUCCAAAAGCUUGGAGACAGAGUUCCAUUGAAGUUACAAUGGCUGAAGUUCAGGUGUCUCAUGGACCUGAACUGUACAAUGAAUUUGGGAAAUGGAAGACUCUGAGGUUGUUGUUGUUGUUGUUGUUGUUGUGUACAUGGAAUAUCAAUUUUGACAACUCUCUCGGAUUCACAAGUGAUCCCGGACCAAUUACAGGGAGAUAUAUUUGUGUCGAACCAAUUCGCAGAGAAAGUGUCUUUCGUCGGAAUAAGAGAAUUUCGAAGAGCUUUCAAUGAAUCAAUGUCAUCUGCAGAUGUGCCAAUUGUGAGGAAAGAGUGCAUAGUCCAUAGGAACAUGAUGAAGAGAGAAGAGCAACAUUGCUUCUGGUUUGUUGCCAUUAUGGGAGAUCUGUUAUUAAAUGAAACCAGAAAAUAAGUGUCAAAGUAUUGGAGGAAAAUGAGAAGGUAACACUCAGUUGAAUUCUACAAAAGUAGGAUCUGGAGGGAGUGUGUAUACGCAGAUUUUAUUCCUACUCCAAAGUUGGGAGGUUUUUUGUAAAGAGACCCUUAGCUCAAGCAUCACAGCGUGAGGAAGAGGUAAAAGCUUGAGUGUAAUCAACUGUUCAUCAUCUUCUUAGACAUUAUCUAGCGGAUUUUUUCAUCUCAAGAAGAAUGUUCGAUGUGGCUAAUUUGGAUAUUCAAGCAGAAGGAUUGGAUGAUGGGAUGAGAAAAUGCCAAUGGAGAAAUCAAGCUUGCAGAUUUUAGCAUGACAAAAUAUCUAAGGAUAUCAACCUAAAAUUCUUGGGUAUUGAAGGUCUCUAUUGUUCCAGUGAACUAAAAGGUUAUUAAUCCUUAACCCAUAACUGAAUUUGUAUUGCUUAUUCGAGAAGAACUUGAAAAAAAGGCGAUGCCGUAGUAGAGAAAACAUUAGGAGGGAGCUUUGGUUUUUUGCUACUAAAGAUUUGUGACAUCUCUACAAGUAUAUUUGUUAAUCAUUAUUGUGCAGAACUUAAUGAGCUAUCAAUCAAUCUACAACGACAUU